GUCAGAUCACACGGACUGUUUUUAUCGCUGCAGCCGGAAGCUGCAGAAGCAUGUCUCUGAUCUCUCUCACUUAGCAGCUUUAUUUUGCUCUUUUUCCUCUAUACUUUAUAUUUAUCUGUUUAUAUUGCGGAGGAUAUUUUUGUGUGAUGCUCAUGUCUGUCUGUCAGAUGCUUCAGCGCCGUCUGGUGUCGAGUGCAGCGGCGGCGCGCCUCUCGUCUGCAGAGCUGCGCAGUCAUCGCAGCGCUCUGUUCUCUAAAGAGCAGGCGCGUCAGAGAUCUCUGUAUCCGCGGACGGAGAAGAUCGAGGUGACGGUUCAGGGGCCCGGCCUACAGGGGACGCUGCUGGUCAUGAACAGAGGCGCGUCGACCCCAUACAGCUGCACACGCCAUCUGACGGAGUGGCACAUGAAGAGCUCUGCUCUGGCUCUGGUGGACGGCCAGCCGUGGCACAUGCACCGACCUUUGACCCGCUCCUGUGACCUCACCCUCCUCACCUUCAAAGAUGAAGACCCUCGGAUAGUCAACCAGGCGUACUGGCGCUCUUGCGCAGCUCUUCUGGGUCACGUGCUCGACGGAGCGUUUAAGGAUGACUUUAGUGUCGAGCUGCUGAAGCUUCCUGAAGUACCAGUGACCGCUGGCGCCUUCUGUUGCGAUCUGGUUCUGGACUCUCGUUUGGACUCCUGGACGCCUUCAGAGGAGAAUCUGCGCAGUUUUACGCGUGACGCGCUGCAGAUGGUUCAAAAGGAUCUAGCGUGGGAACCGCUGGAGGUUUCAUCGUCUGUGGCGCUCGAGAUCUUCUCUCACAGCAGGUGUAAACAGGAGGAAAUUGAAGAAAGAGCAGCUCAAAGUCAGAACGGGACGGUGUCGUUAUACAGGUGUGGAGAUCAUGUGACGGUGAGCGGAGAUCCUCUGGUGUCCAGCACAGGUCUGGUCUCUCAGUAUGAGGUUGUGAGCGUCCAUACGCUGGGAGAGAGCGAGUGGGGCGUCCGGCGCCGGGCUCAGGGGCUGUCGCUGCCCCUCAACCUCACCGCUCAUCAUAAAGCGUGGAAGAUGCUGCGGAAAAGAGCAGAAAGACUAGUGGAGAUUCCCUCCUCCUCCUCAACAGAGACUCCUCCUCUCACAGCAGAGGCCACACCCACUUCCCCGCCCCCUCUGCAGUAAUCCACACCUCCUCACCCAGCAUUCAGUGUUUGUAUUAUAUUGUUGAAUAAACAUGUUUGUAACAUG